AUGCCGCAUAAAGGAAAAUCUAGUUUAUAUAAAGAAGCAGUAAGUGAAAAAAAUAUUAGUAAGAAAGAGGAAAAGAAAUUAAAAGAACAUAAUAGUAAAACCGAUCAAUACCAGCGUUUUACAGGAUUUUUUAAUCAGAAAGAGGAAAAGAAUAUUGGAGAAAUUGAGGAGGAUGUAUUAAGGCAAAUCGAAGAGAAAAAAAAGGAAGAAUUAGGUGAGAAGUUGUCUCGAGAAAAGGAGGAGUUAAAAAAAGACAAUCCUACUCAGGAAGAAAAGGGAAAAUUAGAAAAAAAGGAGAAAGAAUAUAAUGAAAAAUUCCAGCAAUCCAAACAGGAAACUAUCAAAAAUAUUGAAACACAACUAAAAGAAAAUAAAUUAAAUAUUACGGAAUUAGAUGACCACAAAAACUUAGGGGAGAGAAUAUUACAUGACCCUUUGAAAUUUUUUAUUGUUUCUCCGCUUAACAAAACCA